GUAUGAGCAGUCAGUAUCAGCAGUCGGGCGAGUGAACAACCAGCUGGUGUUUCAGUGUUCUUCCAAAAUAAAGUGGCCCAGACCCUUGACUUUUCAGGGAUAUGGAUUUAGCAAGAAAAAUGCUGAAUUGGUAGCCAUGCUUAAGAUUUUGGAGAUGCUACAUGAAGAGAAAUAUAUUGGUGAAAAUGGCUAUCCAAUAACAAUUUCAUCAGAAGAGCAGGAAAAGAUAAGAAAAGAGUGGAACUCUCCAGUGUCAAUAAGAUUACCAGUAUCCUUAAUGGAAGAAGGAUUUAGUAUUAUACAAAAUUUCCACGAGGAGAUAAAGCCACAGAUGGACAUGAAGACUGACCCAACAGCUGUCAUCACAGCUGGCUUAACAGAAGAGUCUGAUGAUGAAUUUGGAGUAGAAAGAGCCACAGAGGAUAUUGAUGAAGAUGAUUCAUUUUGCUGGGAGGAAGAUAAAGAAAAUAAUUACAUUCUGGACAUGUUCACUGGACGUCAGUACAUUGAGCCAUCCAGAGAGGAAAAUAUUCACCGAAGCCAGAAAAUGCUUCAGCUUCUUCAGGCAAGAGAGAUGUCAAAGGGUACACAGCCUCAGGCAUCCCUUCCUAUGUCACAUUACAGGGAUGCCCUGCAAACUGCAUUGGACAAGAGCAGAGUAGUUGUCAUUGCUGGAGACACAGGAUGUGGCAAGAGUACACAGGUUCCACAGAUGAUUAUAGAUGAUUGGAUUAGGAAGGGCAAUGGUGCUAAUUGCAAUAUCUUAGUCACUCAACCACGGCGUAUAUCUGCAAUAUCUCUUGCUAAACGAGUUGCAAAGGAGAGAAGAGAAAAGAUAGGUGAGAGUGUAGGAUUUCAUGUCCGCUUGCAUUACCAGCGACUUCGAGAACAGGGAGGUGUUAUGUUCUGCACAACAGGUAUGCUUCUCCAGGGUCUACACUCCAAUCCAACUCUUAAGGGAGUAUCGCAUGUGAUAGUGGAUGAAGUUCAUGAACGCUCAGUACAGACAGAUUUGCUUCUUAUAAUACUGCGUCGUUUGUUAAGGAGCUCAGAUGACCUACGUAUUAUCUUUAUGAGUGCUUCACUAAGCACUGUACAGUUGCAGAAAUAUUUUGAGGCAGAAGAGGCAACUGUAAUUGAAGUCCCUGGAACACUGUAUCCUCUCACUCGCCACUAUCUUCCAUGUGCAUUAAAUGAACUUCAGAUCAACUCAAGACACUACCAGCUUGACUCACUGAUGGAACCAGGUUCACAACCCUUUAUCAACUAUGAUCUGGUUGUUGAUGUGAUUAAAUCUAUACAGAACUCCAGGCCACCUGGUGCUAUUCUGUGCUUCUUACCUGGAUGGCAGGAUAUCCGGACAGUUCAGACACGGCUAACAGAAGAGAAGGAGUUAGAAAGUAUGUUGUGGGUGCUGCCCCUUCAUUCAAGAUUGUCCUCAAGUGACCAAGAGCAGAUUUUUGAAGAAGCGGCAGAAGGUCGUCGCAAAGUUGUAUUGGCUACAAAUUUGGCUGAGACUAGCUUGACAGUCCAAGAUGUAGUAUAUGUUGUGGACACAGGUUGCCACAAAGAGCAAAGAUAUGACCCAAAGAAAAAUUUAAGCAUACUAGCUAACCACUGGAUCUCGCGCGCUAAUAGCCAGCAGCGGGCUGGAAGGGCAGGACGGGUUCAGCCAGGGGAAGUGUUCCACCUCUACUCCUCAAAGGUGCAUAUGGACAUGGGCCGCUUUCCUGUCCCUGAGAUCAUGAGGAUCCCUCUCGAGCAUGUUAUUCUCCAGUGCAAGGCACAUUGUGGAGAUGAGAAUGCUCUUAGCUUUCUCUCAGAAGGACUGAGUGUUCCAUCACGACGGCUCAUUUCCAAGGCUGUUUCCACACUUGAGGACCUAGGAAUGUUGGAAAUCCUUGAUCAAGGAGCCACAGAGAAACUCACAGCACUUGGGCGUCGUGUUGUGCACUUUUCCACUCCUCCUCAUUUAUCGAAGGCACUUGUUUAUGCUUCAGUAUUCAAGUGUCUGAAUCCGGUCCUCAAAAUUACUGCCAGUCUGACAAGUGGCCGAGACAUUUUCCUGAAUAACAUUGAGAACCGAGCAGAAACACGAGCUGUAAAAACACAAAUGAAUAACACCAGUGAUCUUUUAGCAAUAGCACGGCUGUGCUCAGCCUGGGAGGAGCUGGACCAUUAUAAAGAUAAAAUUGAUUUCUGCAAUGACAACAACCUCAACCAUCGAAGCAUCAUGUAUAAUUUAGGCAUCUCACGAGUGUAUGCAGAUCACCUAUAUGAUGGAUUUCUCCUGAAUAAGGAAGACAUCAGCUCUCCCUUUUCAUCUUGGAAUGCCUUUAGCAGUAACAACCAGCUGGUCCUGGGAGUUCUACUAGCUGGUGUUGGCCGUAUUCUGCACCUCCAGAGAGGAGUGUUGUCUAAGGGGAUCUUUCGCAGUGAUUCUUUUGUUAUCAAGACUUUAGAUAAUAAGCAGGUACACACUGGAAGUGACUGUGUGCUCCAUCAGCUCCCAAAGGACCAGGACAUGUCUUGCCACCUUCUGUGUGUCAAUCUCACUAGGGAUGAAGUUUCAAGAAGAACUAUUGCAAGAGACCUGUCUCUGUUGCAGCCUCUAACAGUGGCAAUCUUCACUGAACAAAAGCUUGUUGCAGAGGAAUCAGAAGAUGGUUGGCAGAUUAGUGUUGAUGGAAAAGAGCAGCUGUCAUUCCACCUCGAUGAAAGAACAGCUAAGUUCAUUUUCCAGCUACGGAAUAUUAUGAAAGAGACAGUGAGCUACAUAGUUGAGACCAGAGGGUUGGACAGUGAAGUGCCUCCUCCACAUGAAAUUGAAACCUUCUGUGAUACCCUUUUGAGUUUUAUUAACAAAUUGUUUGAAACCAGUCAAAACUUUAAGAAAUUCCAGAAGCUUGAAGAAAAGGAGGACUUAGGUUUCUAAAUAUUGUUUCUGUAAUAUUUCUCCAGGAUGAAGGUAAAAAUUUCAAAUUGUAAUGACCAUUCACGGUUGUAUGUGUGUAUAUAUAAAAGAAAGAUACUAUAGUCUUUUUGUAAAUUGUUGAUGUUAAUUCAAAAGUUUAGAGAAUUGUUUUGCAAUAGCAUUUACCAGAAGCUGUGAUAAGAAUGAAAAGAUAAGAACAUUCUUGGGCAUUUCCUUAUGGGAUUUAAAAAAUGAAAAUAAACAAUGUGCAUUUGUUUUUACCUAGAUUCCCAUUGUAAAUAUCGGCUGUUGUUGACAAAUCUUUUACUAGUAAUUUUUUUUUUUUUUUUUUUUUUUAUUAUUUAACUUUUUUCAAUAUAUAUAUUUUUAUAUACAUACUGUAAUAGUU